AUGGCUAGUGUGAAUAGUGUGGAAGCAUGGGAACACUCAAAGAAUGACUUAACAAGCUCUUCAUGGACAGCUUCAGAUUGGGAGACAAAAGUGUUUUCUAUGCUUAAGUUUAGCUAUGAUCAACUAACAGAUGAAACACACAGAAAAUGUUUCUUAUAUUGCGCGUUAUGCCCAGAGGAUCAUCAGAUUCCAGUGCAUCAUCUCAUUUAUCAAUGGAUAGGGGAGGGGUUUCUUUAUAAUGAGAUGAUGACAAGUGUACAUGAUAUGUGUUGCCAUGGUGGAUCCGUAAUUGAAAAGUUGAAGCAUUCAUGCUUGUUAGAAAAAGUUGAGCGCUCAAUUAAGAUGCACGAUGUCAUCCGUGACAUGACACCAUGGAUAGCACGUGAUCAAGAUAAAAACAAAAGGAAGGUUAUAGUACAAGAAGAUGCAUGGCCAAUGUCUCAAGCUAAUGUUGAAGAUCGGGGAAAGGUUGAAACGAUAUCGAUUUCAAUCAUGAAUGAUGCUAAGUCAUACAUACAAAGCAUAGUUUGGACAAAUCUCACAACAUUAAUAUUGAAUUUUGGCGAUGCUUAUAAAAUAAAUGGAUUACAUAAUAUCCAAUAUGCGAAGCGAUUAAAAGUCUUGGAAUUGGGCGUACAGAGGCGCUCACGCAUCCAAACUGUUGCACGCAUCCCCGUAGAAAUAGUUGGCUUGAACUGUUUGGAAUAUCUGUCCCUGGAUCGUUUAUUCUUUCCUGGUUCAGAGAUUUCUAGAGAGUUGAUGAAAUUGAAAAACCUGAAGGUUUUUAUUUUGCAUAUACCUGGUGGUGAUGUUGUUCCUUUGGGACUAAUACGAAAUCUUCAACAGUUGAAAGUGUUUAGAUUUCUAGACAUAGCAGCUGACACGAAUGUUGAUGGGAGAGACGAGAAAGAAUUUGUAGAGGGGCUGGAGCGCUCAUCAAUCUUAGAGGAAUUGUGGAUGGGGAUCAGAACUGGGAGUGGCCUCAACCAAUUAUGUAAAUCGGCCAAGUUGCCAAGCUGCAUGCAUAGCCUUAUUGUUUCCAAUGUUUAUGCCCAAAUUAAUGGGCCAUUAUUAUUGGCAACCUUGUCAAAAAUGAAGCUCCUGCAACGUCUUGAGUUCUUGGACUUGAAUAAUGUGAUAGAUCCUUCUGCUUUUGACACAUUGCUGGAAUUGUUGGACUUCCCAAAUCUUAGGAGCAUUUGCAAGAGGUUCUUGUCUUUCCCUUCCUUAAGAUCCGUCGAAGUGCUCCGCUGUCCAAAUUUAAAGAAGUUACCAUUUGAUUCCAGUUCUGCCAAGGCUAAGUUGAGGCUUAUCAAGGGAUCUCAAGUCUGGUGGAACAACUUGGAGUGGGAUGACACAGCCGUUGAAGUCACUUUCCAGUCAAAAUUUCAAGCGUACACAUAUUAG